AAACGAAAUUUUACUUCAAUUUAUAAUGAUGAAGACAAGGACGAUAAUUUUUCAUCAUUUCAUCUAGGGGUCAUUAAUUAUGCAAUGUCUCAUGCUGAAAGUGAGUGGAUGUAUCUUGCAGAUUCCUGUUCCAAUGGAUGGUUUUAACGAAAUCAUUUCUCACUCAGCACGAACGACGACAAUAAACGUUUGGAAAGUUGAAGAUGUGCCACAUCGAGUUGUGUGUUAGCUGCUUCACAAAGAACUGAUUUAUCGCUGUGUCAGAUCAGAUAAUAAGUACUUGCUGAUAACAUGUAGGAUUGAGCUGUUUCUUUUUAUAAUUGUAUUCAUCUCAUGCUGAGGUAUCUAUUGAAAGAAGACUUUGGGCAGUACUAACGAACAAUGGAGAAUCUUUUUCACAUCUCAUCAUUUUGUUACCUUUGUUGCUCCGUAAUGUACUUCGUUCAACCAUCGUCUCAAGUUCAACUCUUGGACCAGCAGUGCGUUAUACAUUACUCUUCAUCUUACAAGAGAAAUUCAUCACACCACGAAGGCAACAGCGGUGACAAAAUAAUUGACGGACAAGAUGAAACAUGCUCUUUGCCUUUAAAAAAGUCUUCGAUAGAUUUGAUUCAAAGUAUAAAUGUCACGUAUAUUCAAGUGAAGAACUCUCAACAACAUCCAACAUCUAUACGAAUUUACGUUCGAAAGUUUCGUUAUGGUACAGGACAUGCAUGCGGUAGAGAUCAUAUUAUUGGUAGUGGUGAAAGAAGAAUAAUUUCUUGCAUGUCGUUAUUUGGUCAGUCAGUAAAAAUUGUACCUGGAAGAAGGAAAAAAUCGUUUUCACUUUGUGAGCUGCAAGUCUUUAAUGAUUCUGUCAAAGUGACGGAGGGGGUGAAGUACGAAAUUUGGUUCAAUAAGACCAACGAUGAUUUUUCUUUUAUAAACACUGUUGCUCACAGUGUUUCUAUAUUACCUACAUUUCAAGCACCAAGGAAUAUCAGUGAUGAUUUUGGUGUCCGAUUAACGACAUUCUAUAAUGCCCCACAAACAGGUUAUUACGUUUUCAACAUGUCUUGUGAUAAUAAAUGCAAACUGUACAUUAGAAAUGUUGAAACUCAAAAGAGAGCUAAAGUACUGGCUGAAGUUCCUCGCGAUGAUUCUGUACCUGAUUGGACGCAUUACAACUCUUGGAAUGAGUCUUGGUCGAACCCUAAUCUUCUUACAAAAGGUGAAGUUUAUGAAAUCACUGCUCUGAUGGUUGAAAAAACGGGAACAGAUCACUUACGUGUUGGUAUAACAUUUCCUAACGGUUCAUUUCAAGGUCCUAUAAGUGCUCGGAUUUUUAUCAACAUGGAAGCUUCUCGAUCCCUUACGAAAAAUUUUUGUCCAACGCCAGACAUUAACACUGGUGGUUUUUACUCUCGCUUUUUGGAUAAUGCAAUCUUGAAUGCUAUUCAUCGUUUGUUGAAUGACCAGGGGGACGGUAAGAAAAUGGAGGUUUUAAAUGAGUUGGAGAGGUUGGGUUUUAAGAAAGCAACGACACUAAAUUUGGAACAGAAAGCAUUUGUUACAUACCUUGUUCAAAUAAGUCACUUUGUUUUUGCUUCGGUCGUUAUGAAUUUAUCAAAAAGCGAUGGUUUUAAUUUUCCCGAAAGUAUAAAGACAUUUCAACCAUUCCCUGGAUAUUCCAGUAUAAGUUUUCCUGAUGGAGCCUUUCCACUUGGUACAGGAGUAAAGUCGGCAGUUUACAUGAUGUUCAAGCCUAUUGAAGAAAUGAAGAAAACGACAGGAAGUCGUGAUAAUUAUCUUGGAGAUAGAGUAGUUAGCGCUAAAAUGCAAGACGAUGUUUGGAGAAAUAUGAAUUCAUCAUUUACAUUAGUCUUUCAGAAUACUCAAGUGAUGAUUGGUGAUAGAAGACAAUGUGUUUAUUGGAUCGAAGAUUCUCGGCACAACAAAGAAGAUGAAAAAUAUGGACGAUGGUCCGGUGAUGGUUGUUCUCUUUUUGACAAAAAUGAAACUCACACGAUCUGUAAAUGCGAUCACCUCACUAAGUUUUCUGUAAUGUUUCCUGUUGCAAAGACAUCUGCAAAAGAUGAGAAGAAUCUUGAAUUGAUCACUUACGUUGGUUUAUCGUUAUCCUCUGUUGGUUGUUUUCUUACACUUAUCUUCUACUUCUUGCUAAGAAUCACGAGAACAUUAAAGACAAUUGUUCAUCUUAAUCUUGUUUUAUCUCUUGGUCUUGCUGACGUGGCUUUUCUCUUUGGGAACUUUGCGCGAAAUCAUAAGGAUAUUUGCUUUGUUGCAACAAUUCUCACAUUCUACUUGUAUCUGGCUGUGUUUGCAUGGAUGUUGGUUGAAGGUGUUCAUCUUUACUUCUUGAUUGUACGAGUGUUUGGUCGUAAUGAACGUCACAGGCGAAAUUAUCACAUUUUUGGCUGGGGUGUUCCAGCCGUUAUUGUAUUAAUUACAACUGCCAUUUUACGGCAUGACUUAGUAUCUAAAGAUCAUUGUUGGUUGUCCAUCGAGUCAUCAUCGAUAUGGAUUUUUAUAGUUCCUGCUCUAUUUGUUAUAUUUAUAAAUUCAUUGGUGUUAGGAGCUGUCUUAAGAACAACAAUGAAGUUAUUACGUAAUGACCCUGGUUAUCGAAAGGAAAAAUCAGCUCUACGUACGUUGAUAAUGCUUGUACCGAUCCUUGGAACAACUUGGAUAUUUGGCAUCGUGGCUUUUGCACAGAAAUCCGUCAUCUUUCAAUAUAUAUUUGCCGUUUGCAACGCUUUCCAAGGAUUUUUUAUUUUCAUUCUAUAUUGUGUGUUAAAUGCAGAGAUUCGUAGUGAAAUUCAGAGACUACGAAAACGUGGAAGACGGAGAGAGAACUGGAUUCUAAACGAUCACCACAGAAUAACUCGACUGACGAAUAACAAAAUAAAAGGAUACUGCAUCAAUAAACAAAUAUUCUCUAUUGAGUUUAGUCAUAUAAAGAGGACAUCAAAUUAUCAACGGAUCUUCGUUAAGUCAGGAUAUUGAGAAAGAAAGCUGGUGGUUGCUGUAAAAAAAAUUGGAAUUGUGAAUUAUAUACA